AUGACGGACUGUUCAAAUCAUAUUUCGUCAAACAAAGCAGCUUUUGCUCCAUUUAGAGGCCAAGAUUUCGGCUCAAGACCACGUCUAAUCUCACUUGAAAGCAGCGACACAAAUGCUUAUAACAUUUGUGGGAGCUCAUCAUCAGAAAGCCCAGGGCUGCUUAAAGACAUUAAAACUGAGAAUUUUAUUAGAGGUAAUCGUCAAAGGACAUAUAGUUCUUACUCAAAUUUUAAUUAUUAA